GCUACCUUGUCAGGUGAACUUUGUAGAAAACAAACUUCUUGUUUGUCUCAUUCACGGUUCGCCCCUGCCAAUAACACGAUCAUCAUGAUUAAAACUGUGGGAUGAACAUUAGUUUCCAAAGAAAUCACGAGGAUGCGAAUAUACCUAACCAACUUGGCUUUGAUGUUAUAUUUUCUACAAGCUAUUGAAGAUUCAGUUCAGCAUUCUGUUUAGUAAGGAAGAUGAAGGCCUUACCUAUGUUAGCGCCGCUCGGCUCUCAACUGUGUGUUCUGUGUUUGGUGAUUUGGGUGACUGUUUGUAUGAGCCUGCAACUUCGCGAUAAAGACAGCGGUUUCAUAUCCAAUAAGUUCGUUGCUCACCCGGGAAAACGACUUGCGGUGCCUACCAUCUCACAAGCAGAGGACAAUAAUCAAUCAAUUGUCCAAAAGAGCGUCCUGGUUGAUGACGUCAUGGAUUGUUCGUUUGAAUGUCUUACUGAAGGGUGGUGUCACUCCGUAAACGUCAGAUUGACAGCGACAAAGAGUGGAAGACACGUGUGUGAGCUUAUAUCUACUGAUAGAUAUAACCACUCUGAAUACUUAGUAGAGGACAAGGACCUCGUGCACUUUGGGAUAAAGUCUCCCUGUGAAGAAUCGCCUUGCAGUAAUGGGGAGUGCGUGACAGUGUACGAUGAGCCGUACUUCUACUGCGCAUGCUCGUCAGGAUACACUGGACUGACCUGUUCAGCAGAUAUCGACGAAUGCAGACUCGACAUCAGCAGGUGUGGUGUGAAUGCCUACUGCACCAACACCGUGGGCUCAUACUUUUGCACAUGCAAUUCAGGAUACUACUGGAUCGGAGGUAGAUGCGCAGUUAAUCAGGUCUGGCUGUCCCACGGAUUCUAUGGCCGGGUGGAGGUGUACCAUAAUGGUCAGUGGGGAACAGUUUGUGAUGACUAUUGGACCAUCAACGAUGGGCGUGUCGUGUGUAGAUCGCUUGGAUAUGGAUCCGUAGUCUCUGUUCAUCAGGCAGCUCAUUAUGGCCAAGGAAGCGGGCCAAUAUGGCUUGAUGAUGUCCAUUGCUCUGGCAAUGAGGCUACCCUGUUCUCAUGCCAAUUUACCCACACCCAUAAUUGUGGUCACAGCGAGGAUGCAUCAGUUGUGUGUUCUUAGACAUGACGGAAAAACAUGACGCUCCAAAUAAGCCCAUUUCACAUCGAAUAAGGUGGAGAAUUUCUCUGAGUACUUAGUAACUUAUGAUGAUUAAGGAAAAAUUA